UACUACAACUACAACUACUACUACUACAACUACCACAACUAAUACUAAUGCUAAUGCUAAUGUUAAUAUCACUAAUACUACCGCGAAUACAUUAAAUGAUGAUUUGAGUGUAAUAACAAUGAAACUCUCUGAUAUAACACGGAAUAUACAACAAUCUCAACUUGAUUCUUCUCUUUCAACUAGUCUUUCAUCAACAACAACAGCUAUCGAUCGACCUCUUUCUAUCCUUUGUUCAACUACAAAUUCACUUUUAGAAUCUCGUUUCGAGUACUUUACAGAUGAUGAAUGGCAUGAUGCUUAUCUAAAAUUAAUGUCAACGCUUAUACAAUGCUCAGAGGAUCUUGAGAUGAUGUCUCUUGAACUUCUUAAACUAGAAAAUCAAGUAACUCAACUCAAGAUAAUCGAAAGUGCCAUGUUGGAUGAAUAUGAGGAACACGAAAGGAUCUAUAAAUCUCGACUAGAAGAAUGUGAGGAAAUUUCGAGGCAACAAAUAGAACUUAUACAACGUCUUAUAGAUUUGGAUAAGGAUCUAAUCACGAAUGAUGUAAUAGAAAGGACAAGUUAUUCAGUUAAUAAAGAUGGGGUUCUACUGGUAGCACCUACUAAAAGUUUAACAUCUAUUUGUCAUCAUCAAAGCUUUUUUCAUCGUCAAGAGGCAAUGGUAGAUAAUGUGAUGGCCUUAAGAUGGGAAGCUGGACUUUGGUUAAAUAGUAGACGUCGAGGACAAGUUUUACAUCGUUUUGAAGGGGCCUUAAAUAGUUUAGAAUUAAUCAUUGCUGGAUCGGGGCUUAUUGUUACUCCUACAUUUACGCUAGAAGAUUCAUUUAUACAGUCCAGGAUAAUAAAACAUAUACGGCUUCAUAGACAUCAUUAUGUACUUCAUAUUAAUAGACAUGAUCGUGAAACAAAGUUCAGACUACUAUCUAAAAUACAAUGGACACCUGAUGAACAAAUAAAUCAAUGUCAAUUCAGGUUAUGUACAGUUCAAUUUAAUUUAUUUCAAAGAAAACAUCAUUGCAGAAGGUAUUCUUGUAUGUGGGCAUAUUGUUUGUCAAAGACAUAGUUUAAAUCAACUUCCUUUAUUUUCAUCUCCUGAUGAUAAGAAAGAAAAAUGGUAUCGAGUCUGUGAUGCUUGUUUUCAAGACUUAAUUAUUUCAUAAUACCCCUCCCCGCCCCGCCCUGCCUUCAUUAAUAUAUAGUGUACAUAGAG